ACUAAAGUACACCCUUUUUAACGUUUUGGACUUAAAGGAAGGAAAAUAAUGGAGCUGCUGUGUGUUUUCUAGCAUUUACAGUGAAAAUUCUACCGGAAUACUUGUAUUUUAGCAACAUAUUUCGGGUAGAAAUACCUCCAGUCGUAGGAAAAAUGGCAUCCUCUUCCAACGUCAACGGAAACCUUGUGGAUGAACUGGAGGAAGCCUUCCAGUCCUGCAUUCACGCCCUCACAAAGGAAGAAUCCGCCACCGGCGUCGAUAAGGAUGAAAUCAAACUGGAAGUUGAUCAAACGACGCUCAAAUUCAUCGAUCUGGCAAGGCAAAUGGAGGCAUUCUUCCUCCAGAAGCGAUUUUUGCUGUCUGCUCUGAAACCCGAUCUGCUGCUCAAGGAGGAAAACUUCGAUCUGAAGCAGGAAAUUGCCCGGAAGGAUGAAUUGAUUCGGAAGCACUACGAAAAGAUUGAGUCCUGGAAGAACUUGCUGUCGGAUCAGCAGAACUACAACAAACCCAUCCAAUCGCUGCCCCCGGAUAUGCGUGGGAAUUUGACCGGAGGGGUUCCUGGUGGCCCUGGAAUGAUGCCCGGCGGAAUAGGAAUGCCAAUGCAGAAUUCGAUGCAAGUUCAACAAAUGCAAGCCCAACAGCAGCAGAUGCAAAUGCUCCAAGCCCAGCAAAUGCAGCAACAGAUGCAGUCAAUGCCCAUAGGAGCCAACCCACAGAUGUUUCCACAGCCUGGCGGAGGUCGCGGAGUUGGAGCGGGUGGCCCCGGUUUUCAGCAGAGUCCCAAUCUUCAAGGGCCGUUGGCUUAUCUGGAGAAGACGGCCAGCAAUAUAGACCUUGUAGGGAUGGGGGAUGGUCGAAGGUGACGCGGGCGGGGCAGGGGGCGAGGCAGAGGUCGCGGGCGAGGCCGAGGCCGCGGACGUGGAAACGCUCCCGAGUUUCAUAGCGGUGCGUUAUCUUGAAAGAGGAUCAUUAUCUAGCCACGUUUAGACGGCGUCAUUAGUUUAUAUUACAAUAUACAAGCAACAUUUACUCUCUCACACACACAUACUUAAAAAAGCAGCAUACAUUUUAAAUCCUUUUCCUGAUAUCUGCUGGAAAAAGUAAUUCAAAAUUCCUAACUUGUUUUGGCCUAUCUACAAAUCCUUCAAAAUUCAAAACGAAGAACACAUCCAAAAGAACCAAGCAUCCAAACGCAGGGACGAGAAAACACAGAACAGAAUCAAAUAGCAUCAGAAGAAAGAAGCUUGAAGAGCGAAAUCUUUUACCGAGACUAAUCCACCGAAUCGGUUGUGUGUGUUGUAAUGUAAGUCUAGUACCUUGUCCUGAUCAAUUUCAAAAAAAGAUAAUCAAACGUAACGCUGUGAGGCGAUCAGAACCCGAUUGAACAAAGAUAUUUUCCACAAUUUUUCCUAACAAAUUUACCAGAAGAUCCUUGAUCCGAACUUAAGGAAGUAAUGUUUGUGUAGACGGUCCCAAUUCCACUGAAGAAGCAGAAGAAGAAGGUGGUUGUAACUUGUUUUAGAGCGAGGUGAACUUACGUAAUUUGUAAGCAUAUUUUGGUUUUUUAAUAAUCGUUAGAGUGAAAGCUUUUCUUCGUUUUUCGUCUAUUAGUAAUGGCUUCUAUCUCACAAAAGUUUUAGGCCAAUUGUUCGCUUUUCCUGAAAUCAAUUCCUUGGACAGAUAUUUGCUUUGUCUAUGGCCAUGCUGCACGAGAGUACCAUAUUGUCAUUCUUGAAACCAUUAUUGAAUAAAUAAAGUAUAUACAUUAUAACCAGUAGAA